GGAAAUACAGAGAACGAUUGCUUAAUUGGACUUUGGACAGCUGAAGAUGGCCGUAAUUGAGAAAUUGCUUAUAGUGUUGCUUUUUUCACAACAAUUCCGGCAACUUGAGGGAUUUAAGGUCCUAACACUUGCCUUUAUGGGAGGAAGUCAUUACCUCCUAAUGGAUGAAAUAUCAAAUAUUCUUCACAAGAGGGGCCAUGAAGUUCAAAUGCUGUUACAAGCAGGAGUAAGCUUGACUCCAGGACGGCACUAUCAACAUUCUGAUACCUAUCAAGUCACAACUUGGUCUGCUAGUGAACAUGUUAUCGAUGUAUACAACAAAUGGUUUGACAACUUUACAAAGGACUGUCUGAAGGGGAGAGUAACAGGUGAGGCUUACCUUGACCUGAUGGGCCACCUGGCAUCCCAGUGCCAUUUCGUCCUGAACUCAUCAAAGACUCUCAUCUCUCUGAAGAAUGAGAAAUUUCACCUUGCCGUGAUAGAUGCAUUCAACCCUUGCUCUUUCUUGGUCGCAGAAAAAUUAGGACUACCCUUUAUUGCCGUCUAUCCAGGGACUUUUGUUAAUGCACCACGGGCUGGAAUCCCAAGCCCUCUGUCCUACGUCCCUCGGGCCCAAUCCCUUCUAACGGACCGCAUGGAUUUCUGGGAACGUCUGAAAAACUGUCUAAUGUCAUUGUUGUCAUUAGCAAUUAAUAAUCAGAUCUACGACAAGUUUGACAGUGUUAUUAGGGACCAUUUCCCAGCCAGGUCCAGACCUGCUCUCCCUGAGCUGUACUUGAAAGCGGAGCUCUGGAUUUAUGACACCGACUUCUCCAUCGAGUUUGCACGGCCUCUUCUUCCCAACACAGUGUAUAUUGGGGGCUUAUUGGCGAAACCCGCGAAACCCUUGCCACAGGAGUUUGAAGACUUUAUUGAAAAAACAGGGGAAGCAGGUUUCAUCAUUGUGACCCUGGGGUCUAUGCUAUCAUCAAUCCCAUUUCCACAUCUACUAAAAGAGAUCAAUAAUGGCUUCGCACAACUUCCCCAAGGUGUCCUUUGGAGGUAUCAGGCCUCUCGCUGGCCAAAGGAGAUUAAGCUGGCUCCAAAUGUGAAACUUGCAGAAUGGCUUCCUCAGAAUGACUUGCUAGGACACCCAAAGGUUCAGCUCUUCGUCACUCACGGAGGGCUCAACAGUUUGAUGGAAGCCGUUUACCAUGGUGUUCCAGUAGUAGGGAUCCCUCUAUUUGGGGAUCAACAUGACAACAUGAUCCGAGUGGAAGCCAGAAGCAUGGGCCUCUCUGUCAGCAUAGACCAGCUAGAAGCUGACAGCUUUGGAAGUGCAAUGAAACAAGUAAUAAGACACCAAAGGUAUAAAUCUGCAGCAAAGACUUUGAGCACAAUCCUCCAAUCUCAUCCAUUUCCUCCGGAACAAAGACUGGCAGGAUGGAUAGAACACAUUCUCACAGUGGGAAGUGGCGCUCACCUCCAUCCCUAUGCAUUUCAUCAGGAAUGGUAUCAGCAAUACUUAUUGGACGUUUGGCUGUUUCUCUUUGCUUCACUCCUAGGCAUCAUCUACCUUUCUCUCAAAUUCAUUGACUUUAUUACUUCAAGGAUCUGUGACUCAGGAAAACAAAAGCAAGCAUAAUAUUACUAUUUAACUUUUAAUUGUCCAGUCCCUUUGGAGCAAGCACACAUAGACAAGGCUUCUAUUUGAACAACUGAAUCACCUGGACUUAAAUGUCUUAGAACAAGGCAGACAUACAAAUGCACUUGUCAUGGUCAAAACUGUGGUGAAAACAUUUUCCAGUUUCAAAUGUAUCUCAAUGCAGCUAUUUUUGGUUUUAUAAAUUGAAACAUAGCAUA